GUGGGGGUGUGGCUGCAGGUUGGGGCUCCCGCCCUGCCGGUUGCGCGGGUUCGCAGAGCGAGGAGGAGGGAGCGCUGGCGACCCUGAGAGGGAGGGAUCGGGCAGCCUCCAGCUCGGAGCAGCUGCCUGGACACCUUGGGUUUUGGGGUGGGGGAGCCCAGGAGACUGUGAACAUGGACCCUGUCGCGGGAGCCUUUCUCAGGAUGCUCGCUCUUUUGUCUGCUCAGCCCUGGAGCACAUUAGCAGCAGGCAAUACUUAUAACUGUGAUGCCCCUCUGGCAUCUGCCUUGCCCCGGACUUCCUUCAGCAGCUCCUCAGAGCUGUCCAGCAGCCAUGGCCCUGGCUUUGCCAGUCUUAAUCGCAGAGAUGGAGCUGGUGGCUGGUCUCCACUUGUAUCAAACAAAUACCAGUGGCUGCAGAUUGACCUUGGAGAGAGGAUGGAGGUCACAGCUGUGGCCACCCAGGGAGGAUAUGGGAGCUCUGACUGGGUGACCAGCUACCUUCUGAUGUUCAGCGAUGGUGGGAGGAACUGGAAGCAAUAUCGGCGAGAGGAGAGCAUCUGGGGUUUUCCAGGAAACACAAAUGCAGACAGUGUGGUGCACUACAGACUCCAGCCUCCCUUUGAAGCCAGGUUUCUGCGCUUCCUCCCCUUAACCUGGAACCCCAAGGGCCGGAUUGGGAUGCGGAUUGAAGUGUACGGAUGUGCAUACAGAUCUGAGAUGGUGAAUUUUGAUGGGAAAAGUUCCUUGUUGUACACAUUUCACGAGAAAUCCAUGAAUCCAGACCAAGAUGUUAUUUCUCUGAAAUUUAAAACCAGAGAGAACAAUGGUGUCCUGCUGCACAGAGAAGGACAAAAUGGCAAACACAUCACCCUGGAGUUAGUUAAAGGAAAACUCAUCUUAUUCCUUAAUUCAGGCGAUGCUAACCAGCCCUCCCCUGAUACCCUCACACUGGGCAGCCUGCUGGAUGACCAGCACUGGCAUUCCGUCCUCAUUGAGCUCCUCAACACAGACGUCAAUUUCACUGUGGACAUGCACACUCAUCAUUUCCAGGCGAAGGGAGGGUCCAGUUAUUUGGAUCUUGAUUAUGAGAUCAGCUUUGGAGGGAUUCCUGGACAUAGAAAAUCAGUGGUGUUCCCACGUAAAAACUUUCAUGGCUGCUUUGAAAAUCUCUAUUAUAAUGGAGUGGAUAUCAUUGAUUUGUCCAAGAAACACAAACCACAGAUCCUCCUCAUGGGAAAUGUGUCCUUCUCUUGCUCACACCCUCAAACUGUCCCCGUGACUUUCCUGAGCCCCAGGAGUUACUUGGCUCUGCCAGGCACCUCCGGCGAGGACAAAGUGUCUGUCAUGUUCCAGUUUCGAACGUGGAACAGAGCAGGGCUGUUGCUGACCAGUCAGUUUCAGGACAGGUCAGGGGCUCUCAUCCUUGUUCUUAAUGAUGGAAAACUCAAGCUGAAUCUCUCCCAGCCUGGACAUCCAGCGAGGGACGUCACAGCAGGUGCCAGGUUAAAUGAUGGGCAGUGGCAUUCUGUGUCCUUAACUGCAAAAGGGAGUCAUCUAAGUGUGAUGGUGGAUGGUGAGGCAGCCUCCAUGGCUCACUCCCUACGUGGGCCGAUCGAGUCAGGCGACACCUAUUAUUUGGGGGGCUGUCCUGACAACAGCUCUGGUCCUGGUUGUGCAAAUCCCCUGGGUGGAUUUCAAGGCUGCUUGAGGCUCAUCUCCAUUGGUGACAAAGCGGUGGAUCCCAUCUCAGUACAGCAGGGGGCGCUGGGGAGUUUCCGUGACCUCCAGAUAGACACCUGUGGCCUCACAGACAGGUGUUUGCCCAGCUAUUGUGAACACGGGGGUGAAUGUUCCCAAUCCUGGGACACCUUCUCCUGUGACUGCGCACACACUGGUUACACGGGCGCAACCUGCCAUUCCUCUCUCUACGAGCAGUCCUGUGAAGCCCACAGGCACAGAGGAAACUCCUCAGGCCUCUACUACAUCGAUUCAGACGGAAGUGGCCCACUGGGAGUGUCCCUUGUAUAUUGCAACAUGACAGACACCACAUGGACCUCAGUGCAGCACAAUGGCUCCCAUUGGGUCAGGGUCAAAAGCUGGAAUGGAGAAAGCCCUCGUCCUAUGGUUUUCAAGUACACAGCCAGCAUGGACCAGCUCCAGGCCAUAAUUGACCAUGCAGACCAUUGCCGACAGCAGCUGACUUUCCACUGCAAGAGGUCAAGGCCUUCAACCUCCCACGAUGGAACCCCAGUGAGCUGGUGGGUUGGAAGAACCAAUGAAACACACACUUACUGGGGAGGUUCUCUGCCUGAUGCUCAAAAAUGUACUUGUGGAUUAGAGGGGAACUGCAUUGAUUCUCAAUAUUACUGCAACUGUGAUGCUGACCGGAAUGAAUGGACCAGCGACACAGUAAUCCUUUCCCGUAAGGAGCACCUACCGGUCACUCAGGUUGUGAUGAGAGACACAGGCCGACCACAUUCUGAAGUGGCUUAUACACUGGGGCCUCUGCUCUGCUCAGGGGACAAUUCAUUUUGGAAUUCAGCUUCCUUCAAUACUGAGACGUCAUAUCUUCAUUUCCCUACAUUCCGAGGAGAGCUUAGUGCUGACGUGUCUUUCUUUUUUAAGACCACAGCUUCUUCAGGGGUGUUUGUAGAGAACCUGGGGAUCACAGACUUCAUUAGGCUAGAGCUACGAGCCCCUGCAGAAGUGACCUUUUCUUUUGAUGUGGGGAAUGGGCCUUGUGAGGUCACGGUGCCGUCCCCCACUCCCUUUAAUGACAAUCGGUGGCAUCACGUGAAGGCAGAGCGGAACAUUAAAGAAGCAUCCCUUCAAGUGGAUCAGCUCCCCCGCCAGACCCAGCCCGCCCCAGCGGAUGGGCAUGCCCGCUUGCAGCUCAACAGCCAGCUCUUCGUGGGUGGAACAGCCGGCAGACAGAGAGGUUUUCUGGGAUGCAUGCGGUCUCUGCAGUUGAAUGGGCUGGCCCUGGAUCUGGAAGAAAGAGCCACGAUGACGCCAGGAGUGGAGCCAGGUUGUCCAGGACACUGCAGCAGCUACGGACACCUGUGUCGCAAUGGAGGGAGGUGCAGAGAAAAGCACAGAGGGAUCACUUGUGACUGCACCUCCUCUGCAUAUGAUGGGCCCUUCUGCGAGAAUGAGAUUUCUGCCUAUUUUGGAACUGGCUCUUCAGUUAUCUACAAUUUUCAGGAGCAUUACAAUCACACCUUCGAUAAGAACUCCAGCUCCUUUGCAGUCUUAUCUCAUGAGGAUCUGACACUGACUAGAGAGACGGUCACCCUGAGCUUCCGGACCACAGCGACGCCCAGUUUACUGCUCUAUGUGAGUUCCUUCCAUGAGGAAUACCUUUCAGUUAUCCUCGCCCCGAAUGGAAGUUUGCAGAUCAGGUAUAAGCUUGACAGACACCAAGAACCUGAUGUUUUAAACUUUGGUCUUAAAAAUCUGGCAGAUGGGCAGCUCCAUCAGGUGACAAUUAACAGAGAAGCAGCAGUGGUCUUUGUCAAGGUGAACCAAAAUGCAAGGAGACAAGCCAUCCUGUCUUCGGGGACGGAAUUCAAUGCUGUCAAAUCCCUUAUAUUGGGGACAAUUUUAGCAGAGCCCCCAGGCGCGGACCCGGAUACGCUACGGGCCGGCGUGAGCGGCUUCACUGGCUGCCUCUCUGCUGUGCGCUUUGGCCCCGCUGCCCCGCUGAAGGCGGCGCUGCUCCCGGGCGGCCCUGUUCCGGUCACCAUCCGAGGACACUUGGCCGUCGCGUCCCGCUGCGCGGAGGGGACAGGGCCGGGAGCCCCAGCGCGGGAAGCCACCCGCCCGCUCGCAGGCGGUGCAGGUCGUUCUGGACCGACAGAUGAGGGAGAACCCUUAGUUAAUGUGGACAGAAGUGACUCCGCGGUCAUCGGAGGUGUGAUAGCAGUUGUGAUAUUUAUCUUGCUCUGCAUUACUGCUAUUGCUAUACGUGUUUAUCAACAGAGAUGGCUGUACCAAAAAAAUGAGUCAAAUAUUCCCCAAACUGGAGACAACGCUGAGACUGCUCUGAAAAGUGAGCUCAACAUGCAAAGUACAGUGAAUGAAAGCCAGAAAGAAUAUUUCUUCUGAUCAGCAGUGGUGGCUUACUUAUUACUGUGAUGAUGAUGUGACUUUCUUGCUAAGCCAGGGGCUCCCAGUGGGUGAAACUCCCUUCUCCUCCUUCUGGGAGAAACAGUUGGUGUGCAGCCCUGUGAGCUUGCUCAGCAUGGUUGCUGGAGGCUCUGCUCAGUGCUCCUUCUUGAUCUAUUUAUGUAACAGUGACUUAGGUGUGCUCAUUAAUCACAGUCUGGCAGUUUCUGACUGUUCUGACCUGAUCUUCUGAAAUUGAAAUGUAUUUUGCAUAAUUACUUUGGGAUUUAAGUGAGAACAAGGAUCUGAGCUACGGCCCCACUCUCUUAAAAAUUCAACGUGAAAGUUUAUAAAAGUCAAAGUUGGAUGCUAAUGUUUUAUGUUACAUGGGAACCUCCGUUAUGCUUCCUUUAUCAAUCUACCACUGGCAUUUAUAAACCAGGACGUGCUUCUCAGAUGACCUUCAGCCACAUUUCCAUAUUCCUGUGAACCAGCGCUCAGUGGCCAAACAUGCAUUAGAAACCUAAAAAAAAACCCAAUUUUUUGCCUGAUUGUUUUUUACUAUUUGUCUCUUUUAAAUCAGUUUUGAUAUUUUUUAGUGAGGAAAUGAGCGUGGAAUGUCAGCUAUGAAAUUCUAGUAUGAAGUUCAGUCACAGAAAAGAAAAUUCAUAGGUGAAAAAAUGUGAAAAGGAUUUCCAUCUGGAAUAAUUUGCAUAUUUGUCUUUGUCAUUUGUCAUUAUACUCUUUGUAAAUUGUAUGACUGAUCUCACAAAAAUGUCUAUUUUCUAACUGCCCAUGUAUAAACUCCGAAUUUAACAUUUAAAAUGUAUCCUCCAUCCAUAUCUGAAUGAAAUAUAAUCCUAAAUUUAUUUCCUGUAUAUACGGGGGAUUAGGUUGCUUUUCUUUGUAGUUCUGUGGGUUUUUUUAUCUGACUGUUAAAACAACAAACCUUUGAUUUCCUCUGACUGUUCAUUUAUUAGGAAAGAAGUCCCAUUUUGAACUAAAUCUCUCCAUUUUCAUUUCUAAAUGUUGAGCUCAUCUAGGUGAAACUUCUCUGAGGUACCCUCUCGCCUAGGUACUAUUUGGACUAUCAGCAGAGGGAUGCUUAUGCUAAGGGAAGAUACAGGUUAUGUGAUCUGAACUAAAUCUGUCAUUCCAGUCACAAUUUUAGGAUCUUGAGAUCAGUUUCUCAUAGAGAGCACCCAAGAUUAACUUGUCCAUUUUAAGUAGGGUAUAUUUGAAUAUUAGGAGAACAAAAAAAAUCAUAUUAAUCAUGGAAUUGAUUCAAGAACUUUUUGUGGCAGUGAUCGUUAGGUGAUUGCACAGAGUCACCACUUGCUCUGAAAAGCCAAUUCCAAUAAACAUAUGCUGCCCUCUCCACAUCCCACCUUCCAUGUGUCUGCCAGGUACUUGCUUCCACCACAGUGAGACCACUUGGCAUUAUAUGCAUUUAGUCUGCCCCUUACCUUUGAGUGUAUACCUACUUUGCUAAGUUUUUUUUUUUUUUUCAAAGAAUGGGAAAAGAUACCCUCUAUAUUACUUUUUGAAAAUUUUUUUUCGUAUGGUUUUGUAUUCAUUUUCUAGAAGGUGUUCCAAAUGACCAGGAAUUAAGGGACUUAAUACAAUGCACAUUUUCUAUCUCACAGUUUCUGUGGGUCUGGAACUGGGCAUGGGUUCACUGAGACUUCUGCAAGAUUGCUAUCUGGUGUCUGCCACGGCCGUGUUCUCAUCUGGAAACUCAGCUGGGGAGGGUUUGGCCUCCUUGCUCCCAUGAUUAUUGAUAGCCUUCCAUUCCUUAGUGCUGGAGGAUUUAUGGAAGCUUGCUUCUCAAGGCUAGCAGAGGAGAGAGAGAAAAAUUCUAGAGCAAGUCUGCUGGCAAGAGGGAAUCUUAUAUAAUGUAAUGUGAUCAUGGGCGUGACAUCCUGUCAUUAUUUGCUCUAAUCUUUUGGUUGGAAACAAUCACAGGUCCCACCUGUAUCCAAGGGGAGGGAUUAUAGAAGGACUUGAGCCAGCAGGCUGAGAUCAUAGAGGCCACUUUAAAGCCAUCUGCUAUCAUAAUGUAUCUAUACUGUUAUUUCUUUAAAUGAGUGAUGAUGAAAAAAAGUUUAGGAUCUCAAUAUAGCAAUAUAUGAAGGACCUACUCAGAUAAAUGACACAUGUAGUUUUUCCCAAAGGUCUGUGCAGUUUGGGGAAAGAUUCAACACAAAAGUUAUGGGCUCCAUUAAAUGCGUAACUGAGUGUAAACAUCAUUGAAUCACUGCACCUUUAAUAAGUGAUCAUCUUAUGUUCCAAAAGAAUGCAUCACUUUGGUAGCUAAGAUUUUACAGAUUUAUAGGUAGUGAUAGCCACUGCCCUCUGCUCUCUUUUCUAAAGGUAAAAUUAAGAAUAUUUUUACCAAGUCUCAGUGAUGCACCAUCCACUUUCCCUGACUGAUUUGUAAACUUUUCCUGCUGGUUUGUUAAUAAAAUAACUCUUUGGAAUGAAAUUAGGAAAAUAUUUUUAAGAGAAGUUGAAUGAAAUUUGAAUUAUGCAAUGAUAUUGGUUUUCCCGUAAAAUAUUAAAAAAUGUGCAAAUGUA